UCAUUUUCGACUCGGAGGUUUGCUGGACAUGGGGGAGAGAGCGGGGGAUCAUGAGGAUAACUUUAGUUAUAUCUCGCUAUGCGCCGUUCGUAAGCUUUACUGUAGCCGUAUAUUAUGCCGUCAGUCAACUCGAGGAGGAAUUCCAAAUAUGUUCUUCGCUAUAUAUGCCAGCAUACACAUCUUGGCUGCUGCUGCUGCUCAGAUACUGCUCGUGGCAAGGACGCACGUUUUCUGGGGAUGUGAAAAAAAACGUUCUUGAUCGCGAUAUCAGUUUUCAGCACGGUGACCUUCGUCCAUCCUCUCGGCCAUUUCCUUGUCGCUCAACUUCUUAGGCCAUGAUGGCAGCCAUGCUGACAAUUGUAAAUGUCGAUGCGCGUAAAUCCGGAUAUUCUA